AUGGCCUUGGUUCUCUCCAUCCUUGAACACACCCUCACAUCCACCGUCCAACAUCAUGGACAGAGGCUGCUAUACCUGCGGGAUUCAUCGCAUCAGGCACCGCCGGCCGACAAAGCGGGUCAACGCCAUGGGCCGCCGCUGUUACAACUGCGGUACCGCCCUCUGACAACGUCGUUGACAACGUCAGUCAACAUCAUGGACGGUGGUUGCUACAACUGCGGCGACCCUUUGCACCAAAUACCGCCUGUCGACAACGGGGGUCAACACCUAAUGAUAGAUCUUCUGGGUACAUUUGACCUUUGGCGGAUCGUGCCGGAAGUUCUGGUUGAUGGCAAAGUUGAACGAAGCUACCACUCUUGUACAUGCCUUUUAUCUGGUUCGAUCGUGAGAGUAAAGUUCAGGCUAUCGUCGGCAUCGGGAAAUGUCGUCUUCGUGGUCGACCCGAGGGACAAUUCACUUUUCACCACAUACCGUGGUUGCUACAACUGCCGUACCUCGACAACCGGAAUCAACACCCGCGCGGUGAUUGAUCGGCCCACAGGUGCCGGCGAGGAGGAGUCAUUCUUCAACGUCACCGUCUUCGAAUCUUCCACAGGUUACAUACCCGAUCCACAGAAGGUGGCCGAGGCGGCGGCAGAGCCCGCUGUAUCGCCCGAGGGGAUAUUGUCCCUGGUCCCCAGAUUCCUUGGAGGCUGGGAUCGUUCCCGGCCUCCUACUACAACUCACUUCUACCCCCCGACCUUCACCUAUCCUCAUGAUCCUCGCUAUCGAGGAAAAGUAUUGGGAUUUGUUGAAGGUGUCGACAUCGAUCUGCACUUCUCUCGGCUGGAUACCGUUGAAGAGCAUCCGGACUUCAAGUCCCUUGAGGCGCUGGACGCCGCCGACACCCAUACUUACAAUUACUCGAGGCGCUGGAACGCCAUCGAUACUCAAACCUAUAAUUACUCAAGGCGCUGGACGCAGCAGACACCCGGACCUACAUUUACUCAAGGCGCUGGACGCCGUUGA